CUUAAAUCUAACACAAUCUAUUAAAAGGCUAUCAGCAUGGAUUCCUCUGGAGAUGAAAACUCGAAGCCUAAUACUUUAACAUUUUCUAGCGAAACUGAGGAUAUUUUCUCCGAUCUGGCGUUCCUCAAUGUAGAGCAAUCGGGCUCAUUGGAUGAUCAGAUUGACCACUGGUUGCGAGCUCCUCCCGCUGAGCCUAUUGGACAGGAAUCAUUGCUAUCGGGCAACACUGAGAGCAGUGAACUACUUGAAAAUGACAUGAGCCUCUCAGGUUUAGCUUUUGAUAGCCUCAACCCUAAUAUCCUGCAUCUCCCAUCUGCACCUGUCGACACUGGCGAUUAUCCCGCAACAGCAACCAGCUCUAUGGGUGAGGGGACUUCUCAAAGCUCUAUACAGACCGGCAAAUUGGGUGCAAGAUUUACUCAGGAUACAGUCAAAAUCCUGAGAAAAUGGUUUCUGACCCAUGGCCAUCAUCCAUUCCCUGAUGAGAAUGAGAAGAAGAUACUUCAGCAGCAGACUAAUCUCAGCAAAUCCCAAAUCAUGAAUUGGUUUGCUAAUGCACGGCGUCGCGAUAAAAUAUCCCGAUCUAGAGACGAUUUACCUUGCCCUACAAAGGCGAUGGAUAUGCCCCGAAGGCCAGACACUCCAGCUCCUCGUAGAGCCACAGACUCGAUGAAUCCACUAGAGCGGUGGGUGGAGUCGCCGCCAGAAAAUGAGCCUGCCUCAGCCGUUGACAUUGCCCGAGCUAUUGCCUCCAGCCCGCCAGCUUCAUCAUCUGAUUCUAGUCAGACCUGGGGUUUCUCAAGGAGCACAGAUGGUUCAAGCGGCAGUAGGGGCUCACGAUCAUCAGCCGAUUCGCAUGGUAGUCGAUCCAUAGAAGGACUAUACGAUCCCUUGGUGAACAUUCGCUCACGCCGUAGAAGAAGAAAAAGAGCCACGAAACAGGGUAAUAGGCGGACGGUAUUGAUGAAUCAUGCAAAGAAAUUUCCGUGCACAUUCUGCACGCAGAGCUUUGCCAGAAAAUACGACUGGCAACGACACGAGAACUCAGUGCACCUACCAUUAGAGAGGUGGAUUUGUUGUCCAGAGGGCCCGCUGAUGAACAACCCUACGAACCAUGAUAUCCUAUGCUGUGUCUUUUGCGGCCUGGCUGAUCCUGAUGAUUCGCAUAUUGAGAGCCAUCACUAUACAGCAUGUCAGAAACGAACCGUCCCUGAGCGGUCGUUCAAUCGUAAGGAUCAUCUCCGCCAACAUUUGCGAAUGUUCCACCAGAAUGCAAGCUUUAUUGAGUGGUCAAUGAUGUCAUGGAGGAUUAAAGUACCUGCCAUUCGCUCUCGCUGCGGCUUCUGCGGUCACCAGAUGGCAGAUUGGGAAGCUCGUGUGGAUCAUAUCUCUGACCAUUUCAAAAUGGGAAAGUCAAUGGCCGACUGGCAAGGCGAUUGGGGGUUUGACCCUGAGAUUGCAGAAAUCAUCGAGAAUGGAAUGCCUCCCUAUCUCAUCGAAUUCGAAAGAUCCACACCUCUGCCUUUCGAAGGAGAGAAGACUUUGGCCGCUACUCCCUGUAGCGCCUAUGAACUACUAAAACUUGAACUGUCAUAUUUCAUGCAGAGAUUCUACGAAGAUAAGUCAUGUAUCCCAUCCACCAAGGAUAUGCAGCUCGAAGGUUGCAGAAUUAUUUUAGCUUCCGAGACUAUGAGCCAGAGCUCUCACUUACCUGUCUCUUGGCUACGUGACUUGAUAUUCUCAGAUCCCAAAGUCUCACAGGAUGCACGGUUCAGUCCGAUCCGAACAGCUACCGAGUCGAGAUUUUAUCCAAUUGAGGUCAAGGGAAAAAACACUCUAUUCGAAUCAUGUCCAUUUGAGAAGCAGCUCCUUGAUACUGUUUCGUCAAAAUUAUCUAUAACUCCAUCUUACUAUUUAAACGACCAGGAAAUUAGACAGCAAAGCUGUUUGAUCAUUGGGCAAAUGGAAGAUGUCUCAAUCACGCCUUCGGAAUUUAUUGCAACAUGGUUGCUCAACUUGAUACACUCCGAAGAUAGCUGGAUCUCGUUAUUCCGACAACGUGCCAAUAUUCCCCGAAGCCCCGAGCAUGAGUGCAAUGAAGCUACAACAAACGAUUUCCAGGCCAGCAUUCAUGAUUACAGCCGAGUUGAUCAAGCGCUCGUAACAUACUUGGAACAACAAAGGCACCUUGGUAUUGAGCCCAGCAACGAUGACCUUAGGAAUCAAGCUCGAAUCGCUGUGAAUCAGAGUCAUGACAGAUGGUUCCAGACAACAGCUGAUAACGACUUGUGGCUGCACUCUUUUAGAAAAAGAUAUCCGCCCAUGCCGAACGAAGACAUCUCCUUGACUUCAGCACAGAACGCUACGACGAACUAUACGCCCACCACUAACACGGCCACGACAUUAAACGCCAUUUCAGGCCCUAACAAAUCUCGACAUAUCCCGUUAUCAAGCGCUGACCACGAGACUCUCCUGAAUGCCCGCUCUCUAGUCUCGGGAGCCACACUUUUUGCAGCUAACGACUGGAACUUUUACCACUGGCUCGAGGAUGACCUUCGUCGCUGGGCUAUAUCGACCAUGUCGCCUCAUAACCCCGCGCAGCAUAUCCCGUCUGAUGAGGAGUUCCAGCAUCAUGCUCGGAUGGCGACGUAUAACGAAGAUGAUCCGUUUAACCAGACUAUUGCGGAUAACCCUAUUUGGCUGGGAAUGCUUAAGAAGUCAUUAAAUAUAUAAUAGGGUUAGGAAGGAUUAGGUUACGACUUUUUAUAAAGAUGAAUCGGGUUGAACACUCUGUAAA